CAGCGGAGCGGGACCGGCACCGGCACCGGGAGCGGGGCCGGGGUCGGUGCCCGGUGGGCGCAGCCAUGCUGAGCCGGUUGGGUGCACUGCUGCAGCAAGCCGUGGAGACGCGGGAACCCAGCGUGGACCUGCUGGAAGCCUUCACCGAGCACUGGAAGGGUAUCACCGGCUACUAUCUGGAGGCCACGGAUGAGAGCGUCCCUGCCAGACAAACGGAUAUCCCCUGGCGCCUCAAGCAGAUGCUGGACAUCCUGGUGUACGAGGAGAAGCAGCACCCGGUGGGAGAAGCCGGCCCAUGCCUCGAGUACCUGCUGCAGCACAAAGUCCUGGAGACCCUCAGCACGCUGGGCAAGGCGGAGUAUCCCCCUGGGAUGAGGCAGCAGGUCCUCCUCUUCUUCAGCCGGGUGCUGAGCCAGGUGCAGCACCCGCUCCUGCACUACCUCAACGUGCACAGACCGGUGCAGAAGCUGCUCCAGCUCAGCGGUGACCGCCUGGGCUCCGGCAUGGAGAAGGAAGAGGUGCAGUUCGUGGCCGUCCUCUGCACGAAGAUCAAGCAGGAUCCCACCCUGCUGGCAUACAUCCUGGAGGGCAAGAGCAUUCUGAAUGGGAGGAGAGCCCAGGAGCUGCCAACCAGCCCCGUCGAAGAGGGUGCCAAGCAUCCCUCGGGCACCGCCGCCGCUGCCAGCCCCCGCCAAGCCGAGCCUUCCCCGCCACGGAGGGACAGCAACCUCAUCACGUCUUUGAUGGGGCUGUGCAAGAGCAAGAAGAGCAGGGUCGCGCUGAAGGCUCGGGAAAACCUGCUCUUGCUCGUCGGGCUCGCCCAGGAGGUGGCUGCUGCCUGCCUGGUGCGGAGCAGCACCCUGUGCCAGCUGCUGACGGAGCAUCUCUGUGACCUCUACAGCACCGUGCCCACCUCCAUCGACCCCGCCGACGUCCUCGCCCUGGAGAGGGUCAGCUGGAGGUCGCAGGGUGAUGCUGCCGGCGACGGGGUUUUCCCGGGGAAGAACCUGGCUGCUUUCUUCGGCUGGCUGGACUACCUCGAUGAGCUGGUGAUGGGCGCCCACCCGGUCGUGGCGGAUGCCAUCACUGAGGCCGUGGAGGAAAAGUUUUUCCAGGGCAUCCUGCAGCCGCAACUCCUGCAGAUGUCUGAGCUCGACGUCCUCAGCGCCACGGCCGUGCUGACGGGGACGGUGCGGCAGAUCCGCUCGCCUCCCCUUCUCCACUGCCUCGUGCUUUUCCUGCUGGGAUCAGACCGGCACCCUGAGACCCCCGGGGAUACCCCCCACCCUCUGCGCACCCAACUCAUCGACCGCUGCAACCACCUUUCCGAUGAGAUCAGCCUGGCCAGCCUGCAGCUCUUCGAGGAGCUCCUGCGGAAACCCCACGAGCACGUGGCGCACAGCUUGGCGCUGAGGAACCUACAGGCGAGGGGCUACCUGCAGCGCAGUCCCCCUGUGCCCGACGAGCGCGGACCCCCCGAGCCGGACCCCGACGAGGAUGGGCUGGACCUGGAGGAGGAUCCGUAUUUCACCGAUGGCUUCCCAGAUGCCGGCUUUGGAUCGGCAAAAAAGCCUCUGCCGGGAUCAGCCCCGUCGGGGAAGGGGCAAGUGAGCGAGGUGGUCAGCAGCUUCCUCUGCCUGGUCCCCGAGGAGGCGAAGACCUCCUCGUGCAUGGAGGAAGGUGGCUACGACACCUACGUGCACGACGCCCUGGGCAUGGUCCAGGCGUGCCGUGCCAACGCGGCCCCGUGGGGGUGGCCCCCGGCCCCCCGACCCCUCGAUGCCUGCUACCCCGAAACGGCUUUUUACGAGGGCCAUUUCCUCAAGGUUCUGUUUGACCGGAUGACCCGGAUCCUGGACCAGCCCUACAGCCUGAACCUGCAGGUGACCUCGGUGCUGUCCCGCCUGGCCGCCUUCCCCCAUCCCCACCUCCACGAGUACCUGCUGGACCCCUACCUCAACCUGGCACCCGGCUGCCGCUCGCUCUUCUCCGUCCUCGUCAGGGUAAUUGGGGACCUGAUGCAGCGGCUCCAGCGUGUGCCCCAUUUUAGGGCCAAGCUGCUCCUGGUGCGCCGGCAGCUCAUGGGGCUGGUGCCCGGAGAGCAGAUGGACCACACGAUGCUCUUCAAGGGAGUGGUGGUGCUGGAGGAGUUCUGCAAGGAGCUGGCUGCCAUCGCCCUGGUCAAGGGACCACCGGAGGGGCCCCCCUGAGCUGUGGCUCCCCAGUCUCCCCGCUGAGCACCCCCUCUUUGGCUGGGCUACGGUGGCCACUGGGGAUGGCCCAACCCACGUGCUGGUAGCCACCGGUGGCCCUGCUCGGACCGGCACGUCCCCAGUAGCCGGGCAUGGCGGUGGCACCCCGAGAAGGACACUAGCCUCGCGGAGGAAGAGGAGGCGCAGAAUCCUUCGCCACCGCCUUGGCCAACCCGGAGGUGAUGCCACCUCCCCGGUGCAGGAUGCGGCCCCUCUGGGUGCAAUGAUGUGAACCAUGCUGCAUUUCCUCCUGGGUGGUGGGUUCCUGCUCCCCCUGCCCCAUGUCGGUGGUGCCCCGAGCCCCCACCAACCUCAAGCAGGAUUUUUUUGGGCAAUAAUAGGAUGCGCAGGCACGGUGCUGUCCUCU